UAUUACGCAGGGUACUGCGUUGUUUGUUGCUGGUUCUGAAGUUAGCCAGUCUAGCUAACUGCGGUGCCAUUUGUUUAGCUAGUAUUAGUGAAAGUCACGCAGUCUUAACUAUCUAGUUACAUACUAUAUGCUUUAGAUACUAAAACUGUAUUUCUCAAGUACAAUAGACGCCUUCCGUUUAGAUACAGUUGGCAUUUGUCGUGAUUGUAUCGCCGUUAGUCGAGGCUAACAGGAUUCUCAAUGGAGGGCAGCGCCAGCGUGAGAAGAGCGCUUUCCGGGACUCUCGUCCCUGUGACGGUCACAACAGUGGCUCUCCUUCAACAUCAGUCGGAGCAGAACGAAAAGGGGAAGGUGCAGAGAAAGGUCCUCGAUGAAGAGGAGUACAUCGAGAGUUUAGAGAAGAUCAUCCAGCGGGACUUCUUCCCAGAUGUGACUAAAUUGCAAGCGCAGAAGGACUAUCUUGACGCAGAGGAAACUGGCGACCUAGAGCGAAUGAGGGAGAUAUCCAUCAGAUAUGGAUCAUCUUUGACCAAAUCUACACCACGCUCUUCUGCGCCCUAUGUGACACCAGCAAGCUUUGAGACACCAGUGGGCCACUCAGGGUCUCCCUCCUCCUCUCAUGGCAAUAAAGGUGUAGAUGGCGAGAGCAAGGAUGAUGGCAAGGAAGAGAAAGAGCUGCCCUGUCUGGAUCGCUUCCUUGCUAAAAAUACCAGUGAGGAUAAUGCAUCGUUUGAGCAGAUAAUGGAUCUGGCUGAAGACAAAGAGAAGCUGAGGCAUUAUUGGUUAUACGAGGCCGAGGCCGAAUACAAACAGCGUCAUGACACCAACCUUGCUUUACCAUCAGCGGAGAAAGCAGCACUCGAAUGUGUCAAAGCCGGACUGGAGACAUGGGAGUACAAAGCAAAGAAUGCCUUGAUGUAUUAUCCAGAGGGUGUUAAAGACGACGAUACACUAUUUAAGAAGCCACGGGAGGUAGUUCACAAGAACACUCGCUUUGUUGGAGACCCGUUCAGCAAAGCUCUCAACAAAAGCCAGAUUCAGCAGGCUGCUGCCCUCAACGCACAGUUCAAACAGGGUAAAGUAGGCCCCGAUGGGAAAGAGCUCAUCCCACAUGAAUCCCCAACAGUGAAUGGGUAUGGUUUUGAGAGUAUGCCAUCCCCUGCACCUGGUGUAGCUGAGUCGCCUCUAAUGACCUGGGGUGAGAUCGAGAGCACCCCAUUUCGUCUCGAUGGAUCCGACUCCCCAUAUGUUGAGAGGAACCAUGGUCCAUCAUUUAAGAUUCCUGAACCAGGAAGAAGAGAGAGGCUGGGUUUAAAGAUGGCCAAUGAAGCUGCGGCUAAAAACCGCGCUAAGAAACAGGAGGCAUUGCGAAAGGUUACAGAGAACCUCGCAAGUCGUACGCCUAAAGGUCUGAGUCCAGCCCUCACCCCCGCCCUGCAGAGGCUUGUAAAUCGGACAUCUAGCAAAUACACGGACAAAGCUCUACGAGCAAGUUACACCCCCUCGCCUUCACAUGGAGUCACUGGCUGCAAGUCGCCUUUCGGUGGCCCAGCCACUCCCUCUGGAACGCCAACACCAGACAAAGCCAAGACGCCGAGCUCUCAGGACCUUACAUCACUCACAGACAAUCUGCUGCAACUCCCCAAGAGACGAAAAGCCUCAGACUUUUUCUAAGUAAGAGAAGCUGUUCUCUGCUGGGAUUGUACAAAACAGACGUCUUAUAAUGUGGAGAAUUUGAUUAUGAACUGUCCAGAUCCUGUUUUCUUAAAUUAAAGAGCACAUCUGUCAGC